AUGUUCUUACUAGUGAAGCUAGCGCACGCGGAUAACUUUGCGCUGAACGUUGAUGUCUCCCCCCUCUCUGACGAUGUGCCGAAAUCCGCAGCGCCAAAUAUGUUGGCAUCGGCACUGGGCACGGUUCUGGGCGACAACCCUGCUUGCACUGUCCUUAAUUGCUAUGAAUGCGACCCAACGGAUGGCAACAAGUGUACGCGCUGCAGUCUUGGGUAUACACUGAGUACUCGAAGCACAGCUUGCGUGCAUCCUAAGAUGCUUCUCCAGUCUCAGUACCCUUGUAUGUGGGAGUUCUAUCUGUGCUAG